AUCGUCGGGAACGCGACGAGAAUAUGGGAGCCCAAUUUGCGCUGGGAUCUGUUCAGCCAGUGCUCUGUCUGGAACCCCAAAGCGCGGGGUGUAGACGUCUGGGAGUGUAUCCGAGCUCACGACUCGGCAGUAGGCACUGAACCGCCAAAUCCGCAAUACUGGAGAUACAUCGCCCGUAGGUGA